UGCCAUCUGUCGGAAAAGAAAAGUAUCAGGGUUCGAUUUAUUCUUGUAUUUUGUAUAUAUUUUUAACCAAACCAAAAUCAGUGUCGUGAAAAAACUCUUAUUUUUAUAUAUAUAUAUAAAAAGGUUUUAUAUCAACGUUAAGCUAACGUUAACUGAUGUAGCUAAAAUGGCGAAAAGAUUAUUUUGUCCCCCACGACAACGGAACGUUGGCUGCAUAAAGUUUGGGCAAGCCUCUUUUGAGCUUAUUGAUGAAUUUCUUAUCCACUCUAACAAGAGAAACAAAGACAACCUCAAUAAUUUACCAAAAUGCAGCGGAAGCUUCAAGCAAAAAAGACUCGUUGAAUACAUCUUCCUCAUUACUGAAGAACUGAGGCUUGAUCCUCUGGUUGGAUACCAUGCCAUUGAAUUGGUGCAAAGGUUCAUGGUCAGCCACCUUGAUGAUUUGCUCGCCUCAUCUGUACCUCAAGGUGCAACAGCUCCUGAGUCAACAAAUUUUGAGGAAGCUGCAUUUGACAUGCUCAAAGAUAAAUUCCCUCUCAUCAUCUUCUCCUGUGUGCAGCUUGCAAGCAAACUGUUCUUGCAUCAUCAUAUAAUCAACAGCAGCACUGCUGUACAAUUCCUGCGUUCAGUCGGGCACACCGUUUCCAAACAGACUAUCUUGGAAUCAGAGCUGAUGGUCUUUAAAGGACUUGAAUUCAAGCUAAAUGUCCUCAACCCACUGACAUAUGUGGAAAUACUUCUAGAGGUGCUUGGACACAAUGAGCCUUCCAUCCCUGUAGAGCACCUUUAUCACCUGUGCCAUCCUGUCCUCCAGUUCAUCACCCUGCAGAGGACUGCCAUCUAUGACACCUUGUUAAAGGUUGCCACUCAGUGUGUCUGUCCAUCCCAGAAACAGAGGGAGAAGUUUGUGACAGUGACCGAAGACUGCAUGCUUCUCGGUGUUGGUGUCAUCACUGUGGCUACAUUCAUCCACUAUGUCAAAAAAUGGGAACAGGUAGUCGGUGAACUGAGCCACAUCACAGGAAUCUCAAGGAAGAGCAUCAGUGAUUUUGCACACGUGACAUUAACACACAUUGUUAGCACCAACUUUCCUGCAGUUUAAGCUUGACUUUUGGUAACUCUGCCUCCGAACAAUUCUUUAU